AUGAGUAGUUCUCCAGGAACUCCAAAGAAUUCUGUUUUAUCAAUAAGUCCAUAUGGAACUCCAAAAAGCAAUUUUAAUUAAGUCUACAAUGAAUAGUUUUUCUAUGAAAAUUAAAUUUUAUCAUUUUAAUCUUGCUAACAAGUUUCGCGUGUUAUUGACCACUUAGUGACAUGUGGAGCCAAUAUAUUAUAUGAUAAAUAUUUACUUGAAAGAUCGCCUUUUUAUGAAGCAGAAGAUUUGUGUAGAUGGACAUAUAAUAUGCUUCUUUAAGACCAUCUUAGUCAUGAUCCAGGGGAAAAUUAAGAAAGUAUUAAAAAUUAACUUACCCAAGAGAUGGAACCACCUAAUAAAAAGUUAGAUAGCAGAUCAUGCUUGAGUGCAAAAACUGAGUAUAAGAUUAUAUACCCAGAAGUAGAAAAUGACGAUUAAAGUGAAACAAAAAGUAAUUAUAGUAGGAUUUCAUCUAUCUCUAAAGUAUCCAAAAUUUCAGCAAUCAAAAAAAUUAAAAAAAUUAUGACAGCCAGCUAACUCUUAGGAUAGUCCAUGAACAGUUUAAGUAGAUCUGCUCUCCCAAAUAUUGAUAAUAUAAAUGUAGAAGAUUAAGAAGGUUAGUAACAAGCAUCUCAAAAAAAAGAAGAGUUUUAAGUCGUUUAUGUUGGGGAUGAUGUUGAGUAUGAAAGAAAGAAAAAGGAAGAGUAAGAUGACCCAAUAUCAGAAAAGCUAAGAGAUUUAAGAGAAAAAAAAGACAAAGAAAGGCAAAUUGAGUAAGCAAGAAAGUAAAAAAUGCUGUAAGAAGAACUCGAGGUAGAUGAGAGAAAAAAAGAAUAAUAAAGACAACUAAAAAACAAAGAAUUUACUUAAGAUUAUGAUGGAAAUGUGAUCUUUUUGAAUAAAAAUAGGUAAGAAAAUCUGCCUAAUGAUUUAGCUAUCCUUGAAAGUAAAGGCAAACAAUAAUCUGAUAUAGUAAAGCCAGUCCCAUUAGAGACGUAAAUACUAUCUAGCCCUGUCAAACUAGUUAAUGAGUUCAUAAAAAAGAAGAAAGAAAACCUAAGUGCUGCCAUGCUUUAAGAGUUUCAUAAAUAACCACCUCUGCAUGAAGUAUUAAAUCCUAAUGAAGGAGUUAAGGUUUUAUUUUAAACUGGUCACAAGAAAAUCGGAAGUGAGUUUAAAACGAAAGAUAAUUAGAUGACAAAGAAAUAAUAUGAUGAGUUAGUUUCUGAACAACCUAACAGGCCAGUACCGAAGUACAUUUAAAAUAUUCGACAAGCAAAAGUAGACAUAAAUGAUAAAGCAAACUAAAUAAUUGAGUUAUCAGAACAUAGUUCACAAAAAUCUUCAAAUAAAUUGAAAAGAAAUGUAAAACCUUAAUCAGCUGGAAUGAAUAUCAUAAAUAAAGAUGCUUUGCUUAUGAUGUUGUCUGAUGAACCUCCUGUAUUAAAGCCUACUUCUAGCUAAUUGCUUCCAAUCACUGCCAGCAAUCGCUCUAUUUAAUCAGUAAAAAAGGUAUAAAAACAAGAAAAAAAUGAGAAUAAAUAGACAGCAGUUGGAGUGUAAAUUCAAGAUAAAAUAAAAUUUUACAAUUAAAAAUAGAACAUUAGAUAAUCGAAUGUAAUAUCACCCUAAAUGAGCUAAUAAGAGUUAAUAAAUGAAGACUUAUAAGAGUUAGGUUUAAACAUUAAAAACGGACAAAAAAGAUAAUAGUAAAACCUCAAUCUGGUAAUUGAAAAAUUCAAUAAAUAGAUCUUAGAAGAUCCAAAUUGGGGUAUUAGUAAAAAAGAACCAGAUUCAAUAGAGAGAUAGUAAUAUACCCCUAUGAAAAUGCCUACUUACUCAAGAGUUCAAAGUGCCAAGGCUAUAAGCAGACCAGAAUCUGCUAUUUCUAAGUAUUCUUCAUAAUUAGAUUUUUUUAAUUAAUAACAAAGACCCUUUUCUGGAAGGCCCACUACUGCAAAUACAAAUUCUAGAUUAUCAUAAAAUAAACAUUCAUUUUUCAAAUAAAAAUUAAUUUGA